AUGAAGGAAGACUGGAUCGAAGACGAGUGUAAUCAUGUGGAGAUGGAGCUGAGCCUCUUGGAAGCAAGGAGGGAAAUUAAAGAACUCAAGCGAGGUAUUGAGAGCAUGAAGAAGAGCUUGGCUGAGAAAGACAAAAAAUUUCAGAAAUACUUCCUAGACGUAAGCAUUGAACACAAGAAACUGGAAUCUUUGGUGUCGAGCAUGGAGAUGGCCCUGAAGAGCUCUGUGAGAGAUGCGCAGCGCCCAGAGUACACAUGUGACUCUGAGGGGAAGCCGUUGUGUACCACGAUGCCAGACAGCCCCACCACAGAGGACCAAGCUCUGGAGGAGCUGGCAGGUAGUGGGCUGUUUCUUCAUGAGGACACAGCUAACGGGACUGAUUUAUUUGAAGAGAGUUUGACCACCACAACCUCUGAGUUGAGUGAUUCAGCUCCCUCCAAUUCUAUUGUGAAUCAAGAGAUGCUUGAAAAUGUUCUGGGUGAGAAACUAACUUUUUCCCAGGAGGAGGAGGAGAAAGUCAGAAACAUGAUGGUGGAGCAGACCAUCCAGACUGAUGUGGUGCCAUAUAGCCUAGAAGGGGAGCAGUUCAUUCAAAACAUGUCCAGAGCUCAGAGCUCAAGACGCCUGUCCUCUAAGCCCGCCUUCUUCCCUGAAGGAAUUGGGUCAAUUUCUCUUGAAAGCCUCAGUGAUUCUGGUAUCGUAGUGGACUUAACUCCAGGUGAGCCAAACUCUACCACCCUUUUGUCUCCUGUGACACCUCCAUGCAGGAAGGUGGAGCACGGAGUUAAUGAAAACCAUUUUGUGAAAGAACUUGAUUUUACAGAACCUCACGAUGAUGAAGUCUUUGGGUACGUCAAUACUGUUUCUCAGACAGGAAUAAAGAAGACAUACUGGAGCAGCAGACUCGCCAGCGAUCUGGCUGUAGCAGCCCCUGUUGUACCAACUAUCAUGCGGGCUUUCAGUACUCAUGGAGCAGGAACAGAUCUCAUUUACAAUUUACUAAACUCAGAUGCCAAUUUUAGCUCUUCAAGCAACACAGGCUGUACCUCAGUGCCUGAAGCCCAUGUGUCGGCUGCUGGAAGCAAAAGGUCUUUUUCUCACAAUUGUGGCCUUCAUGGUCAGAAUAAUGGAUCCUUAUCCAACAAGUCCAGCCCCAGCCCACCUGCUUCCCGUGAAAAGGCCCCUUUGUCAACACUGAGCAAAACCCAGCCGAGUCCUGCGAACACCCGUCAGAAUUAUGGGGCUUCUUUAGCCAGCAGAAGCAACUCAGGCUCAAACAAAGGAAGUGACAGCAGCCAAGUGACGAGGCGAUCAGGGAAAUCUAUUUCUUGUGGUCACAAUUGCAGCACUAAGCCAGAAAAUCCGGAGCGGUAUUUGACUCCUCUGCAGCAGAAAGAAGUUACAAUACGGCAUUUGAAAAAAAAGCUGAAGGAAUCCGAGUGCAAAGUUACAGAAAGGGAAAGAGAAAUCGAAAAGCUCAAAGCUCAGGUGGAACGUAUGAAGGAAGACUGGAUCGAAGAUGAGUGUAAUCAUGUGGAGAUGGAGCUGAGCCUCUUGGAAGCAAGGAGGGAAAUUAAAGAACUCAAGCGAGGUAUUGAGAGCAUGAAGAAGAGCUUGGCUGAGAAAGACAAAAAAUUUCAGAAAUACUUCCUAGACGUAAGCAUUGAAAACAAGAAACUGGAAUCUUUGGUGUCGAGCAUGGAGAUGGCCCUGAAGAGCUCUGUGAGAGAUGAGCAGCGCCCAGAGUACACAUGUGACUCUGAGGGGAAGCCGUUGUGUACCACGAUGCCAGACAGCCCCACCACAGAGGACCAAGCUCUGGAGGAGCUGGCAGGUAGUGGGCUGUUUCUUCAUGAGGACACAGCUAAUGGGACUGAUUUAUUUGAAGAGAGUUUGACCACCACAACCUCUGAGUUGAGUGAUUCAGCUCCCUCCAAUUCUAUUGUGAAUCAAGAGAUGCUUGAAAAUGUUCUGGGUGAGAAACUAACUUUUUCCCAGGAGGAGGAGGAGAAAGUCAGAAACAUGAUGGUGGAGCAGACCAUCCAGACUGAUGUGGUGCCAUAUAGCCUAGAAGGGGAGCAGUUCAUUCAAAACAUGUCCAGAGCUCAGAGCUCAAGAUGCCUGUCCUCUAAGCCCGCCUUCUUCCCUGAAGGAAUUGGGUCAAUUUCUCUUGAAAGCCUCAGUGAUUCUGGUAUCGUAGUGGACUUAACUCCAGGUGAGCCAAACUCUACCAUCCUUUUGUCUCCUGUGACACCUCCAUGCAGGAAGGUGGAGCACGGAGUUAAUGAAAACCAUUUUGUGAAAGAACUUGAUUUUACAGAACCUCACGAUGAUGAAGUCUUUGGGUACGUCAAUACUGUUUCUCAGACAGGAAUAAAGAAGACAUACUGGAGCAGCAGACUCGCCAGCGAUCUGGCUGUAGCAGCCCCUGUUGUACCAACUAUCAUGCGGGCUUUCAGUACUCAUGGAGCAGGAACAGAUCUCAUUUACAUGUUGAGUGACACGGAGACUUGUUCCCGCUAA